AUGUCUGAUUCGGAUGAGAACAGUCUGAGAGAUAGACAGAUUGCCCUGAUCAAUAAGAUGUUGAUGUUCAAUCAGGAUACGUCGACAUCCGAUUUGACAUCUGGAUCGGACUUCCAAGAGGUUGUUUGGAAAGCGCUUGUGCUGGACGCCAAGGGAACAGCCAUUGUUUCGUCUAUUUUGAGGGUGAACGAUCUGCUAAAAGCCGGUGUCACGGUUCACAGCCUCAUUCAGCAGAAAAGAUCGCCACUUCCGGACGUUCCUGUCGUGUACUUUGUACAGCCUACACAGGAAAAUAUCGAUGCCAUUGUUCAAGACUUGAUCGAGGAGAAAUAUGCGGAGUUUUACAUCAAUUUCACAUCAGUUUUAAACCGGGAGCUUUUAGAGAAUUUCGCAAAGCAGGUCUCUUCGAGUGGCAAGACCGACCGCAUCAAACAAGUGUUUGACCAGUACGCGGAAUUUGUUGUCACGGAGCCUGAUCUUUUCUCUUUGGAGCUUCCACUUGUGUUUCGCCAAUUGAACGAUCCUAAUAGCACUGAAAACGCAAUUAACAGCUUAUGUGAAACCAUUGCCAAUGGCUUAUACGAUGCCAUCAUGACCGUGAACUCAAUACCAAUAAUCCGUGCGCCAAAGGGUGGCUCUGCUGAAAUAGUAGCAAGAAUACUAGAAGGCAAACUUAGAGACUACGUCAUAAAUACCAGGGCUAACUCAGCGUCGGUUUCCCACUCAUUGGAAAGAUUCGUCCUGGUUAUUCUCGAUAGAAACAUUGACUUGGCUUCGAUGUUCGCACAUUCUUGGAUCUACCAAAGUUUGGUCUUUGACGUGUUUAAGCUUGCAAGAAAUACGAUUACCAUCCCCACUGAGACUAAAGAAGGCCAAGAGAAAGAAAAGAAAAUGGAUUUAGACCCCAAAGAUUUCUUCUGGUCCGCAAAUGCUCAUCUUCCUUUUCCAGAUGCUGUUGAGAAUGUUGAGGCUGCAUUAGCUGCAUACAAGGCUGAAGCGGAAGAAAUCACAAGGAAAAGCGGUGUCAGCGAAUUGAGUGACCUGGAUCCAAGCGCCGGUAAUGAUACUCUAAACAUUCAAGAGGCCGUUAACAAAUUGCCCGAAUUGACUUCGAGGAAAAGUGUCAUCGACACUCAUAUGAGCGUGCUGGCAUCAUUGCUAUCUCAACUGGAGAGCAGAGGACUGGAUGCAUUUUUCGAAAUUGAACAGGGUCAGGACUCUCCUAAAUCUCGUCAGCGCUUCAUGGAAACUUUGAAGGACGGUAAGACAAAUAAUCUUGAAGACAAGCUCAGAACUUUCAUUCUCCUUUAUUUGACGUCUACCACUGAUUUGCCCCAAAGUUUUAUUAAAGAAGUCGAGGACUACUUCAAGGGUCAAGAUUAUGAUAUCAGAGCUCUGUCAUACAUCUACAAGUCUAAAGGACUGAUGAAGAUGUCCGCAUUGUCUUUGCAAAAUAAAUCGUUGGAAAGCAAUGGAACUGGUAAAAAUAAAGCAUCAGGUACAAAUUCUUCGGUAUUACUCUCUGGAUUGUCGAACAAAUUAUAUGGCUUGACAGAGGGAAAAAUUCAAGGUGGGGUAGGCUCUCUGAUUUCUGGUAUCAAGAAUUUCCUGCCUGAAAAAAAGACGAUACCUGUAACAAAUGUGGUAGAAGCUGUUAUGGAUCCGCUUAAUAGCUCUCAGAAGAAUUUGGAAACUACCGACGAUUACCUCUACUUUGAUCCAAAAAUGGUUCGUGGCUCUCAUAGCAAAAAACCGAAACGUCAAUCUUAUACCAAGUCGAUUGUCUUUGUUGUAGGCGGUGGUAAUUAUCUGGAAUACCAAAAUUUGCAGGAAUGGGCGCAUUCGCAGCAGGCCAACACUAAGAGUGUGAUUUACGGUAGUACUGCGAUUGUUACACCUGCAAAUUUCGUGGAUGAAAUGGCUUCUUUGCAAUGA